AUGAAUGAAUACAAGUACUUCUACUAUCGACUUUGUGUUGGUCAACAGGAGCUUGGAGAAGUAGACCGAGUCAAGUGGACAAGGAGUGAACACGAAAGUAGAGAUGUUGGAGAGUUGCGUGAAUCAAUUUACGAACGCAACAGGCGCAGUUAUUGCCAACAUUGCGAUGCAAGAAACCUCAGUGUUUAUGCAAAGGACACCACAGUGGAAAGCUAUGAAACCGAGCAACCCCUUGCGAUUGAUGUUUCACUCAAUGACUCCAAAAUUCAGGGAACACCCACGGCGUUGCCUCUCCUGGUGGUUGUAUCCGCACCCACGCCACUAAUUCCGGCAGCAAACGACGCGAUUGAUUUGGUGAAUGAUGGAGCUGUGGCAAAUGCAAAGCAUCUUCUGAAUAGUCUUUUUGACACAACAGUUGCCGAUAAUCUCCCAAACACUUUUGCAAAACGGCAGCCAUUCCGAGCUAUUCGUGUUUUCCUUACCCGUAGAAAGAAGAGGCUGAGGGAAUUCGAUGGUCACUACAGUAACUCCCAGGAUCGCAAUUCCAAGUGUCCUCCUCGCGGAGCAGACAGGAGUCCAGUGAAUGACCCUAGAGCGCUGACCCCUCAGCAACAAGAGGUCGCCCCUCCGAGAAUAACGAAGGUGGCAAUUGUUCGGAUAGAGAAAGAAGUAUGA